UCCAUUUCCUUUAUUUUAUGGAAACGAACCAAACACCCCCUUAGUUCCUCUUCUCACACUUCGAUCCCCUUCGCUCGCUGCUGGUGACGAUCUCCAAAUGGACCGAUUCAAGUCGCUGAGGCGAGUCCAGGUCCCCUCUCAAGAAACCCUAGACGACCACUCACUCGACAACAAUGGCGACGACGUGCCUCGAACCCUAGACAAGGGCGGAGAGCAAGAAGAUCACGGAGGAGGAGAUGAAGGAAGGGAAGCGUCUGGAGAUCCCCACCCUUUCAUAGGCAUGAAGGUCUCAAGGCGAGCUUCGAUCUAUAGAGAAUGCACCGAUGGGGAUUACAUCGGCGUUGAGUCUGAUCCCUAUCUUAAGAAGAUUUUAUCGAAGCAAGGUGAUACAACAGUACUGUUUGCAGACAAAGUUUUGAAGUUUACUGGAUCCGGAAAGAUGAAGAGACGGAUUUUGUUGAUCACCGACUUCGCCAUUUAUCUUGUUGACCCUGAAGCCGAUUCAUUAAAGCGGAGGAUAGCACUUGCGGCUGUUGAUAGGUUAUGCUUGAGUCAGCUAAGUGAUAAUUUCUUUGCCAUCAUUAUUCCAACCGAGUAUGAUUUACUUAUGGCUAGCAUUCGGAGGAAAGAGAUCAUCUCUGUGCUAGUUGAAGCUACCAAGAGCACAUCUGAAGAGAUUGAGGUGGUUUACUCCAAUAGAUUUGAGUACCAUGCUGCUGCCGACAUGGUAAAAGAAGUGGAAUUUGAGGAAGUAGAUGGAGGAAUCAAAACAAGGUUCAGGAAAAAGGAAGGCGAAGCUGAAUAACAUAUUUCUGCCUUCUAGCAGUUCCUAUAUGCCCUUUAUACUAAAAAGAUUGGACCAAGAGGUGGUUGUAUUUCAUGCAGUUCUUUUCCAUGGUGGAUGCAUUGUCAGCAUAUUGUUAUUGUAUUUAAUUGUGCCCACUGUAAACCGUAUAUCUAUUAUUUUGACUGAAUUCAUGUCAUUUGUGCAUACUUGGAAGUCCUUUCUCUGGAUUGUUAAGGCAACUCCAGUUGUGUUUUCGGAUGUUGAAAGUUAUAGGGACCAAUGUUGUGUCAGUUUUUUUAUGCUAAAAAGUUACCUCCCCUCUGUAUGAUA